AUGUGGGAUUCUCUCUCCAAACCGCCCGAGGGCCUCAUUGGAGGUUACCAGGGUGGUAGCAUGGCCAUCAAGAUUUUGAUGGCAGUCUUCUGUGCAAUUGCUCUAUAUAAUGCUGUCGAACUCGUCAUUCUCAUCUUCCUCACCUUCACUCGCUACAGCGGUCUCUAUUUCUGGGCCAUGUUGCUCUCCGCCGUGCUUGGCGUCAUCCCCCAGGCAAUCGGCUUUCUGCUGGAGUUCUUCGCCAUCGGGCCCCUCUGGUUUGCAAGCCAAACGCUGCUGCGGCGGGUGCUGUACCUCAUCAUCUUCGAUACAAUCGUCCUAUUGAUCCCUACAACCGUUCUCACCUAUUGUACGAUCUAUGUCGGCACCACGCCCGUUAUUCAAGGUUUCAAUGUGAUGGAGCGCUUGCAGCUUGCGUGGUUUUGCGCACAGGAGAUUCUCAUCUCGAUCAUUUACAUCGUCGAGACUCUGAAGCUGCUACGUUUGCGGCCCGAAAAGGACGCUGAAAGGCAUAAGACCAUGUAUGAGCUGAUAGCCAUCAACCUGGUGAUCAUUCUCUUGGAUGUCGCACUCCUGGUUCUAGAGUAUGUGGGACUAUACACACUCCAGACCACCUUGAAGGCUGCAGUCUACAGUGUGAAGCUGAAGCUGGAAUUUGGCGUCCUGAGGAAAUUGGUUUCGCUGGUCAAUACCCGCCCGACGGAGUCGAGCUCCUCGGAUCAGGAGACCUACCCAACAUUUGUUGAUCCCAACCAGAUCACGGGAGAUGUGACACGUGCUGCCCCCGCCUACAGUCGACGGCAGUCGCAGUACCCGUGGGCAGCCAUCUCCAUGGACAGUCUUGCCCUAUCCGAUCGCCGAAGUCAGUAUGUCACUUCGUCGGAAAUAGAGCGACCUUCCUGA